AUGAAAGAAUCAACUAUUUUUAAUAAAUUGUUUUUGUUUGCAAUUAUUAUUUAUUCUUUAAAGUACCCAAAAGAUGAAUUAUACAAUGUAAACGAUAUAAGCAUAAAUCCUCAAAGGAACACACUAAAUUUGGAAAAUGGGAGAAUAUUAUCACAAGCAGACAAGCCAUUCGACUUAAAUUAUUUUUAUGGAUCAGUUGCAACUCUUGCAGAUAAAAAAGAAGACGAUUCUAAAAGUGAUGUUAUAUCAUUGUUUGAUGAAAUUCCUGAUUCACGUAUAAAUGAUUUGAAAAAUAGUAAGUUAUGGGAUUUAAAAGAUAAUAAGGCAUGGGAUUUAAAAGAUAAUAAGGCAUGGUAUUUAAAAGAUAAUAAGGCAUGGGAUUUAAAAGAUAAUAAGGCAUGGGAUUUAAAAGAUAAUAAGGUAUGGGAUUUAAAAGAAAAGUUUUCGAAGCCAAAUAAGUUGGAUAAUGUCAUUAUGAAAAGAGUAUCAAACAAAGUGAAAAAGUGUGAUGAUAAAAUGGACCCCCAAGUGGUAAUAAAAAAUUUAACUAAUAAUGAUGUAUUAGUCAUAUUAGAAGAAGAUAUGGAUGGUGAAGAUGACGAAUAUAUUACUCUCAAUACAUAUCUAGAUAAUUUUAAGUUAUUGCUAGAUGAUACUUUUAUAACGGAUCUUGAUUAUGAUCAAAUUGAAAAAGAAUAUAAUAAGAUAUUUAGAAACAUGACAUAUAAUAAAUCAUUACGCAAACAUAUUAAUAAAAACAUGUUUAAAGUUUUAUCAAGACUUGUAUUAUGGAAUGGGGCAAUAACAUUUUUGACUGCUUAUAUGAAUAUUUUGUUCGCGGCGUUUUUUACUCUAUCUAUAGUAGAUUUUAGGAUUCAAUAUAAGCAAUUCAAAAAAUUGCGUAAGAGUUGUAAAAGUACCAUAAUCAGCAGUUUAUGA